GUGCGUAGGCGGUUGUCGUAGACUGACGUCGUGGCCCAUAGCACGUGCUACGAGUGCGGCGCGUGCAACGGUUACCACCACCAACCAACACCAAACACCACCACCAUCAUCAUCAGCAGCAGCAGCAUCAGCAGCAGUUACUGUAACAACAACAACAACAAUUACUACUAAAGCAACAACACAGACAAACGACCACAGCAUCUAAAGCUGAAGCAGAAGCUCAAGCUGAAAUAACAACAAUAAAAGCAAAAGCACCAGCAAAGGAUACAAAGAAAAUGGCUAUUAAAUAAAGCGUUUGCUCGAAUCUGGCUAAAAAGUUGCUGCCUUGUCAUUUAAACCCCAAAGACAAUUUCAAUAAUCCAAUUUAAAAACCCACAAAAAAUGUGAAAGUGUUUAUCAUAAAAAAAAAAUGAAUGUGAGUGUGACAAUAAUUUAAUUUUAAGUAAUAAACACACACAUUUUUGGCACACUGUUAUUUGCACCUGACAAUAAUAAUAUAUUUAAGAGGAAACCAAAGCCAAUUUAUUUACAAGCUUAAUAAUUACAUAUAUAUACUUAUGUGUGUAUGUAGUAGACAUUUGAGAUGAAUUGAAAUUGAAUUGAAUUGAAUUGAAUUGAGGGUAAAGCCAACAACGUGUCGAGCAAAAAGGCGAUGUGAGAGCAAUGCCAUUUACCCAAAUAAUGCUAAACAAAGAAGAAUAACAGCGCAGCGCCAAAAAGUAGGCAACAGUAACAGUAACGAAGCCCACAAAACGCAAACAGGAUACUUAAAAUAUCAAGGCAAAUAAAUACACACAGCCACACAACACACACGUAUACAAACACUGGAGUGUGUGUGUGUGUGUGUAGAUGCGUGUGCACAUCAACUAAAAAUAUAUUGUGCGCUUCAUAUUUUUGGACUUGGCCAUUUGCAACGUUGUUUGCCAGAGCUGCUGCGUGAAUUUUUGCUAAGCAGAGCACGAAAUAAAUAUACAUACAUAAACAACACCAACAGCAGAAGAAGCAUAAAAAAGCCACAGCACCAACACCAACAGCAACAACAACAACAACUGGCUGCUGCUAUUGAGGUGUAUUUUGAGCCCGCGGCGCGACAGGCGCAAAGCAAACACAGCAAAAGGAAAAACACAAAAACACAGAGGCUGGCAACCAAAACCGAAACAGACGUCGCCUCCUGUGCGUGUGUGUGUGCGUGUGUGUGUAAGAUGCCAAAUGCUUGCUUCUGAACAUCUGAACAGAGAUUGAUGCUGCCAGUCAAAGCACAAACAACAACGACAAUAACAACAACAACUACAACAACACGAAGAAGAACAACCGACAACCGCCGUGCGCCAUUCAAACAGCAAUUGAGAUAUUUUGAUUUCGCUUAAUGACGACGCUGAUUAAAACAUGAACGCACUCGAUAUGAAUAAACAAUUUCUAAGCGUGACGCAGGAUCCGCACUCGCACUCAAGCGAUGCCCAACGCAAUCGCACUCGCUCGGAGCGUGCCUCAAGUUUGGCCCUGCCACUCAACUCGCUGCUGGAUUUUUAUGACAAGCAACAGGAGCAAUGCAAAUCGGUUACCCUUCUGCCGUUGCCCAGCACUGGCAGCAGCAUCGUCCGUCGCCAUUCAUCCCACUACUAUCCGAUGCUCGAGGAUAAGCAGAAGGCGACGCAGUUGCCACAAGCCAACGCAGAACUGCUGGUAAACAUGUCGGAUGCGAAAUAUUGCAAGUCAGCAGCAGCAGCAGCAGCGGUAGGAGCUCCUUUGGCUGCCAGCAAGCAUCAUCAGCAGCUGGUGCGUGUGGACACACCGGUGACGCCACCGCCGCCCAUUCCACGUCGCCUGAUGCGCGCCACCAAAUGCGGCUGGCAGACGCAGCCGAUGAACGAUGUUUCUUCGUGCCAGCAGGAUGUGGCCAGCAGCAAUGUGUUUGUUUAUCCACAGCCAACAAAUGUGGCCAUGGACAGUCAUGGGCAUGUCGGACUGGGCGUAGGGAAUGGGUGUGGGAGUGGUGCAGGUGGGCAAUCAGCGCUGCUUGUUGACAUUGCCGCACGUCCGGCAUACGCGGAUGCCGAUGGCAUUUCCGAUGACGACCGCAUGAGUCUGGAGAAUUCCGUAUUCGAUGAGUCACUCACCUCGACUCCUGUCAAGGUCGCCGGCUAUCACAACAACAGCAGCAGCAGCAGCACUCGCUACGCGAUGUCCGGUCACGUGGCCAAGCGAGCUCAACGCUCCUCCAGCAGCACCGUGGACUCCGCCUACGGCUCCUCGUCCGGUGCGCACAGCGAACGCUUUGCAUCAAGCUCAACGAGCGUUGAUUUUCGCAGUCGCUUCUCAUCGGUGGACACGCAAUCCUCGCUGGAUGAGAAGCCCAUGGGGGGAUCAAUUGAUUCGCCGUUGGCCAAGGAUACGUGCCGUCUGGAACGUGCCGCACUCAACGAUGUGAUGCACAAGCUUAACAACAAUCUCUAUGCCACCAACAUCAGCAGCAACAACACGACGAACCUAAACAACAACAGCCACAGCAGCAGCAACAACAAGUUGCCUACGGUGCCAGCGCGCAAGUUGCCACAGUUGCCGACAAAAUUGCCGCCGCCACCGCCAGCGAAGUCAUGCAACAGCAGCAGCAGCUGCACCUCGUCCAGCGACUGUGGCAAGGAUGCGACGAUCAGCAGCAGCAGCAGCGGCAGCAGCGUUCCCGCCUCGGCAUCCACAUCAUCUGCCGGCAGCGCCUCCAGCACCAUCUCGAGUGCCACCAUGUCAUCCACCUCGGUAUCGCUGAAUGCUGGCGCGCCAGCUGCCAACACGAAACGUCCAGGGCCACCGGAGCCACCGUUGCGUAAUCUCAACUCGUUCGAGUCGAUGGACACGAUGCCCAAGGUGCACGCCCAGCCGCCACUGACGGUGCGCAACAAACUCAAUCGCAACAAGCCGCCGCCCAUUGUCUAUCCCAAGCUGCAGCAGCGUCAGGACUCGACGCUCUCCAGCGACAGUUACUCCAUCAGCUCGAGUCCGGGCUAUAGCUCCAAGCUAAUGGAGACGCCACUGCUUGCUGCCGCGCAGAGUUCACGCAAAAGUCCAGCCCCAGGCGUCCAGGUGCAGCGUCAACCUCUGAUGGAUCUGGCGCCAUCUCGCUUUGGCAUUGGCUCUCAGGCAACAGCGGCGUCGUCGUCGACGCCCACGCGUGGCAAGCUGAACUUUCGACAGGACUCGACCAUAUCGAGCGACAGCUUCAGUCAGACAUCCAGUCCGGGUUACAAUCCCAAGCUCAUGGAGGCUCCGCUGCUUCCUUCGCUCUCCGCCAAGCGCCUCUGCAGUGCACCUGCGCCUAUUGUGUGUCGCCAGGGCGUGCAGCACGAGCCCAUCGAGGAGCUGGAGCCGCCGCAGACGCUGUCGCCGCUGAACAAGUGCAACAAUGCCACGCCCAGCAGCCUGCAGACGAUUGUGCGUUUCCAGAAUGGAGCCCCACACACCAUGUCCUUGCAGCAUCAGAUUAUCAAUCGUCGCAAGAGCUCCAAUCCGUAUAUUACCAAUGGAAGGCUGAAGUUCCGCCUGUUCCAGAUCCUCAUCAAUGCCUUUGCUCUGCUCGCCAUUGCCGGCGGACUGGCUGCCUACUUCAAUGCCUAUCCGACCAUCAAGUUUGUCAACAAGACCAUCAUCAACACCAUCCAUGUGGAGGACACUUGGCGCAGUUUUGGCAAGAAUCCGGCUCCGGGCACUUGUCUGCCCAUCAUUGUCAAGUUCUGCCAGGGACCGCAGAUACCCUACAACUACACCGUGUUUCCCAAUUACAUUGGGCAUUUUGGUCAGAUAGAGACUCAAGUGGAUCUGGAGUCCUAUGAGGCUUUGGUCGAUGUUCGCUGCUAUGAGCUCGUCUCUCUCUUUCUCUGCACGCUCUUUGUGCCCAAGUGUGGACAAAAUGGCGCCACUGUGCCGCCCUGUAAAACACUUUGCACGGAGACGAUGCGACGUUGUGGCUUCUUUUUCGAUGUGUUUGGAUUGAGUUUGCCGGAAUAUUUGAACUGCAAGCUGUUCAAGGACUUCUCGAGCGCCGAGGAUUGCGUAGGCUUGGAUGAGGUGCGCGAUGUGAUGACAUCGUCGGCGAAUCCGCAAUGCGAUGGCUUCCUUUGCGAUCAGAAUCGUUGUCUGCCCAACGAGUAUGUCUGCGAUGGCCACUUGGACUGCAUGGAUCAGAAGGACGAGAGCAGCUGUUCACGGUGCCAAGAGGGCGAGAUUUACUGUGGCGACGAUCGUUGCAUAACCACCAAUCACAUAUGCGAUGGAAUCAAUGAUUGUCCUUACGCCCAGGAUGAGCGGAAUUGUUUGCGUCUUAGUGAACGGAAUGGCGAUGUUGGAUCUGGUGUCUUGGAGGUGUAUCGCAUGAAGAAGCGUCAGUGGAUGCCGGCUUGUGUCAAGAAUUGGGAUCGUGCCGUCUCGCCCAGUGCGGUGUGCUCCAUUCUGGGUUACUCCUCGGUGAAUGCCACCAGCGUGGUCACCCAACGCACGCAUCGUCCACUCUUGGCCUCUGUGAAUGUGUCCACCGAUAUCUGGAAGCUAUAUGCCAAGCGACGCUCGACUUUGAUGCAAGAGUUUGCCAAUUGUCGACAAACUGAGGAUUAUCCCAUAGCAGAGCUAACAUGCUCCAAUUUUGAGUGCGGCAAGGUCAAACGUGGCAGGCAACGACCCUCGAGGCGCAUUAUUGGCGGAGACAAAGCAAAUCCCGGUAAUUGGCCAUUCCUGGCUGCCAUUUUGGGUGGACCCGAGAAGGUUUUCUACUGCGCUGGCGUCCUUAUCUCCGAUCAGUGGGUGCUUACGGCUUCCCACUGUGUGGGCAAUCAUACUGUCAUAGAUCUGGAGGAUUGGACCAUUCAACUGGGCGUGACACGUCGCAAUUCUUUUACGUACACGGCUCAAAAAGUGAAGGUUAAGACGGUUAUACCACAUCCGCAGUACAACAUGGCCAUUGCCCAUGACAAUGACAUAGCUCUCUUUCAGUUGGCUACUCGGGUCGCCUUCCAUGAACAUUUGCUGCCUGUCUGUUUGCCGCCACCCAAUGUUAAAAUGCUGCGUCCCGAGCAACUUUGCACAGUUAUCGGUUGGGGAAAACGCGAUGACAAGGAUCCUAAAUCAACCUAUGAGUACAUCAUCAAUGAGGUGCAAGUGCCGGUGAUCACAAGGAGUCAAUGCGACGAAUGGCUCGACAACUUGACUGUCUCCGAUGGCAUGGUGUGUGCAGGCUACGAUGAUGGAGGCAAGGAUGCGUGUCAGGGUGAUUCGGGCGGUCCGCUGCUCUGUCCAUAUCCCGGAGAAAAGGAUCGUUGGUUUGUCGGUGGCAUCGUUUCGUGGGGCAUUAUGUGUGCGCAUCCCAAGCUGCCUGGCGUCUACGCCAAUGUCAUCAAGUAUGUGCCCUGGAUACACGAACAGAUACAGAAGCAUUCCCGUCCGAUCAACGAGGAGCCUAUCCAGAAAUACGAUCUACACCCGGGCGGACCAGAUAUACUAUCGAAACUGUCGACGGGUCCGGUGCGAAAACGAAAGCCCUACAACUAUCACAAUGGCAAGCCCAAGGGCAUUGACUUUUACGAUAGCGAGGAGCGUAAGUAAGAGUCCCCCCCCCCCAUUAAAUAUAAUAAUAUAACCCUACAUAAUGUAUACCUAGACUACAUACACGCAUAUAUAUAGCGACGAUAAAUGAAAUACGAUAUAAUGAAUACAGCAUAUCUUUGAAACGUUUGCACAAAGUACAAAACAAUACUGUUGUUGUGCUCAAUACACACACGCAUACACAACCACAACCAUACACGCACACCCACUUGAUAUACAUAUACGAGUAUAUAUAAAUAUAUAUUUUGCUACUGAAAUUGCGCUGAUCCAGCCAAAACAAUGAAAAUCAAAAGAAAAAUGUAAAUCUGGGCAACUUAAUCGUGUGUCAAUUUGCCGAAUUUAUUUGUCAAUUUUUUUACAAAGAGAUUUCUAUGAGCCGAACAAAAAGCAAAAAUCAGAGAAAAAAUCCAAUGUCAAUACCAAAAACAUAAUCAAUUUACAUACGUGAAUAGUAUACAUAUGUAUCCCCAAGAAUAAAUAUAUAUAUCCAAUAUAUGGAGCUAAAAAUUGACCUACAUAUUACCCAAAAAAAAAAAAAAAUCAAAAACAAAGAAG